CAAACAAACACACACACACUCGCAUGUAAUCUCAAGUUCUAGCAGAAUGGAUUUACUUUCUUGUUUGAUAAUCCAUCUUUUACGUUUACAAUCAGAAAUAUCUAAAGACAAAACACACACAACCACAAUGUAGUCUAUUUGUUCCUACCCUUAAAAGUCUCUGUUGGCUUUUCAAAACCUGGUCCAUUGAGUCAUUGACUCAGAGAGUUAGAACUAAAAAGUCUUUAUAUUUACACAUAUACGCAGAUUUAAUCUCUACAUCUUUGCUUCAGUAAAAUGGGUUCUCUUUCUUGUUCAAUAAUCCAUCUGGUUCUUAUUCUGCAACUACAAACAUUUUUCGUUUUUUCUCAAAACAUCAGAAACGGCUCUGUUCCUGUCGGAGAAUCUCUCACCGCUUCAGAGUCCCAACAAAUCUCUAGUUCAUGGCGUUCACCUUCCGGUGACUUUGCUUUCGGGUUCCGCAAGAUCCAACCAAACGACGGUUUCACUCUCUCCAUUUGGUUCGACAAGAUUUCUGACAAGACCAUCGUGUGGCACGCACAAGCCGUCAACACAACCACCGGUCUUGUCCCUAAUGGUUCGAAGGUUACAUUAACUGCAGAUGGCGGUCUGGUUAUCGCUGACCCUCGAGGUCAGGAGCUGUGGAGAGCGUUGAGUGGUGGCUCUGUUUCUCGAGGGCGAUUUACUGACGACGGAAACUUCGUUCUUUUCAGAGAUGGGUCAGAAGAUUCUGACGAGGUUCUAUGGUCGAGCUUUGAAAAUCCCACCGACACUCUGUUACCUAAUCAGAAUAUAGAAGUUGGAAGGAAUCUGUCAUCACGUAGGACAGAGACGAGCUUCAAAAAAGGAAGAUUCAGCCUACGUCUAGAGGAUGACGGAAAUCUUCAGCUUCACUCUCUCAACGCCGAGACUGCCUCAGAAUCAGACAUAUACUCUCAGUACUACGAAAGUAAUACCAACGAUCCAAACAACCCCGGGAUUCAAUUAGUUUUCAACCAGUCAGGGGAAAUAUAUGUUCUUCAAAGGAACAAUUCAAGAUUCGUCGUCAAAGAUAGAGAUCCGGAUUUUUCUAUCGCCGCGCCGUUCUACAUUUCGACGGGGUUUUUGCUGAGUACUAUCAUCCCAAAGGAGGCCAGGAGAAUAGUGGGUGGGUGUUUGCUUGGGCUGUGCCGGAUAAUAUGUGUAGCCCCGAUGAUGCACUUGGGAAUAUGGCUUGUGGGUAUAAUAAUAUAUGUAGUUUAGGAAACAACAAGAGGCCAAAAUGUGAGUGUCCUGAGAGGUUUGUGUUAAAGGAUCCGAGCAAUGAGUAUGGUGAUUGUUUGCCAGAUUUUGAGAUGCAGACUUGUAGACCAGAGAACCAAACCGCAAACUCAGAUGUGAAUCUUUACGAGUUCAUUACUUUAGAGAAGACGAAUUGGCCGUUUGGGGAUUAUGAGAGUUAUGCCAACUAUGAUGAAGAAAGAUGUAAAGCUUCUUGUCUUAGCGAUUGUUUAUGUGCUGCGGUUAUUUUUGGAACAAAUCGGGAUCUAAAAUGUUGGAAGAAGAAGUUUCCCUUGUCUCACGGUGAAAGAUCUCCACGUGGUGAUAGUGAUACAUUCAUUAAGGUUCGAAACCGCUCCAUCGCGGAUGUUCCAGUUACCGGAAACAGAGCGAAAAAACUUGACUGGUUAAUCAUUGCUUGUUCUGUUCUACUUGGAACUUCAGCUUUUGUGAUUUUUGAUACUUCUUGCUCUUUAUAGAAAGACUAAGAAGAGUAAAAAUAUGAUGAAGAAUCAAGCGAGAGAUAUCGGUCGGACUACAGCUACAACUACUGCAAAUGAGUUGAAUUUGAGGGUCUUUACAUAUGGAGAGCUUGCAGAGGCUACAAGAGAUUUCACGGAAGAGCUUGGAAGAGGAGCCUUUGGUAUAGUUUACAAAGGAUAUUUAGAAGUUGCCGGUGGUUCUGAAGUUACCGUGGCUGUGAAGAAACUAGAUCGUCUUGAUUUAGAUAACGAAAAAGAGUUCAAGAAUGAGGUUAAAGUGAUAGGUCAGAUUCACCACAAGAACCUAGUGAGGCUCAUUGGCUUCUGCAACGAAGGACAGAGCCAGAUGAUCGUCUAUGAGUUUUUACCACAAGGGACGCUAGCCAAUUUUCUCUUCAGGCGUCCGAGGCCGAGCUGGGAAGAUAGAAAGAAUAUUGCGGUGGCCAUUGCUCGUGGAAUCUUGUAUCUACAUGAAGAGUGCAGCGAGCAGAUCAUACACUGUGACAUAAAACCGCAGAACAUACUCCUAGAUGAGUAUUACACUCCUCGGAUCUCGGAUUUUGGUCUAGCAAAGCUUUUGUUGAUGAACCAAACGUAUACGCUCACUAACAUCCGUGGAACAAAAGGGUAUGUGGCCCCUGAAUGGUUCAGGAAUAGCCCCAUUACAUCCAAAGUAGAUGUUUAUAGCUAUGGAGUAAUGCUUUUAGAAAUCGUGUGCUGCAAGAAAGCCGUCGACCUUGAGGAUAACGUGAUUCUCAUCAAUUGGGCUUACGAUUGUUUUCGACAAGGAAGGUUGGAAGAUCUGACUGAGGACGAUUCAGAGGCAAUGAAUGACAUGGAAACUGUGGAGAGAUAUGUGAAAAUAGCGAUAUGGUGUAUACAAGAAGAGCAUGGGAUGAGACCUAACAUGAGAAAUGUUACACAGAUGCUUGAAGGUGUGAUUCAAGUUUUUGAUCCUCCAAAUCCGUCUCCUUAUAGCACUUUCACUUGGUCUGAUGAAUCUUUGUCUAGUGAUCCAGUGUCACUUGUUUGAUAAGUUGAUAAAAAAACAAAAUAAAGUUAUUAUACUUUUGUAUGGAAUAAACUCCAAUCAUUAAUAUUACGUUAAAUAAUCACACCUUUUUUUAAUUA